GCUCGACCUGGCCGUCAGGCAGGGUAACUUCUUUCACAGCACUGUACAGCAGGCCAGUUAAUGGUUCGAUAGGAUGCUGUAGUAAAGCAGGCAAGGCUUCGCCAUACUAUUGUCUGAUGGUAUAUAAUCUCCUCUUCACCACGAUUCCGCCUCUUCCAGUUUCCAAAGUCAUCGCACACUAACACCCCAUCCCCCAUGUAUCAUUCAACUCGUCCUCGAUGGGAUAUCCCUGAUCCCAACACCUUCCCUCCAGCUUUGCACAAUACUCGCUGCAAUGGGUGGACCAAACCUCCAAUACAGCUUCUUCAUGUCGCUGCGCCUUCGUUCAAGAAGCCCCCUGAACGGCACGUCACAUUUGACCUCAACACCCCGUCAAACCGUCGUCCCGUUGACGGUAAUGUCAUUCAUACCCAACCUUACUCGGUUUAUCUUCGACAUGACACUCACCCACGCGCGAAUUCUGGGGCGCAAGGUAUCAUGUGGCCAGUUGAAUGCCAAUCCCAUGACGUUUUCAACUCGUGCACGUGGAACGGUGGCGCUCACCAGAAUCCAUCUCUCCAAGGUGUUUUUGAGACGCGUACUGCAGCUCGACACCACAAAGAGAAUGCAGCGAUUAAACAUGACCCUGCACGACGAACAAAGAAUUCAAUCCCACUGAUCGAUAAGGACACACAAAUCGCCUACCUCCUCGCAGCACCAUGCGCGCAACUGGUAUACGAUCGGCGAUACCCGCUCAACUCUCUCUAUUUUCCACCAUCAUCUUCAUAUGCAGGAUGGGGAUCUGAGUCCCUUCGAGUACUCACGCUAGCACGGCACAACCGAAUACGACUAAUCAGCCAAGACUUUCCCUGGGCAUUCAACAUCGGCCCUGAACCCAGUGCUGCAGAACAAGCAUGACGUGUCUUAAUGUCCUCAAUGCGCUACAACGUCCACUCUCAGAUACAGAGUGGGGAGCCGCUGCGCAGGACAAACAAGCGAGCCUCAUCAGAGCGCGCGAUCGUCGGCUAAAUAUGAAACCUGCUUUGCGUUUUAGGGGCUAAUUCCGGUGUGUGGGAGAGCCAUCUGAGAAGUGGGCUGUGAGGUUCAAGAGCCUAUCAUAAUAAUCAUGCCCGGAUGAAAUGUACAUCUAACAUAUAUAAGCACGAAUAGCCGCCGGCUCGGUGCCGUAUCGAUUUUCGAGGUUUCGAGACAUGAAAUUGGUUCUGCGCGUCACAGGGGCUAUUGCGCCUCAGUGUACGUGAUGAAAGGCUAUAUACACGAGCCUUAGGCCAGCAUAUGUCC